AUGGACCAACAACACCAGCCACGAAUUGAGGCCUCAGUUUGGCGUGCGCGUCCUCUCUGCUGCCAGUGGCGAAGAAUCAAGCACCAUCUCAGUGACCACCCACUAUCCGCAAUCUGA